AUGGCUUACUUGAGAAUUGUUGCUGUUAUGAUGGUGGCCUUGAUGGCUGGAUCUGCCUUUGCUCAGGCACCAGGAGCCGCACCAACUACUUCACCGAAGAGAUCUCCAUCUCCGGUCGCGUCUCCGCCGCAGGCAGUGCCGGCACCACGUUCUUCUCCAGCGUCCUCUCCGGCUCAGACUCCAUCUGCCGCCGCUCCCUCUGAGUCACCACUCUCUUCUCCACUGGCUCCUCCCACCAGCACUCCUGCCGCCUCCACCAUCGCUAAUCCUCUAUCCAUCGCACAGGCUCCCGGAGGCGAUGCUCCUUCCUCCCCUCCCAACGCCGCCGCUUUGAACAGAGUCGCUCUCGUCGAAUCUGCUGGUUUGGCGUUCGUCGCUACCGCUUUGCUGCUCUAA